AUGGAGACAAAACGCUUCUUCAGUUUCCUGAAGCGGUGGAAGCGGCUAGACUCUAGCUGGUCCAUGGAGUUGGCUUCACUCGACGUUCAUUUUCGCGGGAGUGGAAAAGCGAAGUUGCUGGAGGAAGCGAUGGGCAAAGAGUCUGAGGCCGAAAAGGAUUGGAAGGCCAUGCGCCAGAAAGAUGGCACCAUUCCUUUGGCCUGGAAAGUAUAUCGUGACCGAACAGUGCAAUUCAAAGCCAGGCAGAUUUACGCCACAGGCCUCACUUUUGUGCGAGAAAGUCAUUCGGCCUGGAUAAGCCAGAAGUCCCCGCAAUCGGCCAUGGAGUACGCAGCUGAGCGGGCCGAGCCAAACGGGACCCAUCGCCUUUCUGAAUUGGCUGCUCUGCUGUCUGACGUGAAGCGCCUACCUGAUUUGGGGUUCCCUGACUUGGCUGGUCUCCAAGACAUGCCGGAGGAGUUGUUUAGUGAAGCGUCAAUGCUCGCCGCUGAUUUCGUGGACUUGGUGGUGCAAAGUAUGGUGCAGCUAGCCUGGGAUACUUCAUGGUGGAGCCAGGUCAAAAACGCCCUGGACGAGUUUCGUUCUACUUGGGCAUCUGUCUUCGCGCUUGAGAAGGUCCUGUUGCCUCAAGUGCCUGAGGCUGUGCGGCGUGCUGAGGAUGUUGAGUUGCGUCUGACGCUUUCUGGCAGUGAGAUGCCUGAGCUGUCCCAACUCUACUGGCUCCUUGAAGGUGUGGCCUGGCAAUACGUUCGAGAAGUUGUGGGGCUACUGGAGCAUGGAAAGUGGCAUCCUGAUCAGGUCUUGCAAGACCCCAGGCAAAGGGCGGCUUUGAACAGCCUAUUAGCGCGAGACAAGGAUAAGAUAAUGCCUGUGGGGCCGCCGCCGUCUGACGCCUCCAUCAGCGCCUACAACCGCUUCCGCAAGAAGAAGCUGAUCACCCAGGCAGUUUUUUCACCGCAGACUAAUGCCAUGAAAGCCAAACGAAGCAUGGAGCAGGGCCGGCCGUUUGACGUAGGAUACCCUACGCCUGACGUCGAUCCCUUGAUCGAUCUCAAUGAGCUGCAUGGGCCAAGCCAAAAGAAGAGAAAGCGGCGCAAGACACCUGGCAGUGUUCAGCAAGAGGGCGGGACAGCGGUUGCGACGAAUCAAAACGACGAUGGUGAGGUUGCAGAUCCAACGGAGGGAGGUGCCCGCCUGGAAAAUGACGAUGGUGAGGUUGCAGAUCCAACGGAGGGAGGUGCCCGCCUGGACACCAAAUCGCUACUGCUGCUGCCUGCUUCGAAGCUAUCCAGCUACAUAGCAGCCUCAGCGUGGGCUAGCCUGACGUUUUUUGAACAAGCUAUGAGCAAAGGCCAAUGGGAGGCAUUGGAGACACAGCUUGGAAGGCGCUGGCUUGGGGGCUUGUUGCAUGAGGGGCAAGUCUACAGGCUUAUGGACCACGCGGGUGGGGAGAAACGGGAUGCCGUGUGCCUCGGGUUCUAUGGCUACGCGGCCAUGUUUUGGGAGGUUAAAGCAGUCGAGGUGACAGCUCGUGGGUUCAAAGUCUUCUCGAUGAAGGACACGCGAGAUUGGGAGACAAAGAACAAAUUAUAA